AUGCCCCGCCAAAGGCAACCCGCUCGGUUCUCGAGCGAAGCUCCCUCCGAAUCUUCGACCUCGUCGACGUCCCCGGAUCGCACCGCGGACGAAGAUACCGACUUCUUCACAGCCCAGGCAAAUGACUCGCAAUCGUCGGUCGGCGUCGCGACCCGUGACGCCCAUCCCCACCAUGACACCGACUUGGACCUGCCGCCGAUCGGGCGUCUACCCCCGGAGAUUCUCAUCGCCAUCUUCGCGAAAUUGUCCUCGCCCUCCGACAUGUUGAGCUGCAUGCGCGUAUGCAGGGGAUGGGCGGCGAACUGCGUGGGCAUCCUCUGGCACCGGCCCUCGUGCAACAACUGGGACAACAUGAAGAGCAUUACGGCCUCGGUGGGCAAAUCAGACAGCUUCUUUCCGUACUCGCAGCUGAUCCGGAGACUCAACCUCUCUGCGUUGACGGACGACGUCAGCGAUGGCACUGUCGUGCCCUUUGCCCAGUGCAACCGCAUCGAGCGUCUCACGUUGACCAACUGCUCGAAACUCACGGAUAAGGGUGUAUCGGACUUGGUGGAAGGCAAUCGGCAUCUGCAGGCUUUGGAUGUCUCUGAUCUGCGGCAUCUUACGGAUCAUACCUUGUACACGAUAGCUCGGAACUGUGCGCGGCUACAGGGCCUCAAUAUUACGGGAUGCGUCAAUGUAACGGACGACUCGUUAAUUACGGUGUCUCGGAAUUGUCGACAAAUUAAAAGGUUGAAAUUGAAUGGAGUAACGCAGGUCACCGACAAGGCCAUCAUGUCGUUCGCCCAGAGUUGCCCGGCCAUCCUGGAGAUUGACCUGCAUGACUGUAAGCUCGUCACCAACCCGUCGGUGACCUCGCUCAUGACGACGCUCCAAAACCUGCGCGAGCUGCGACUAGCCCAUUGUACAGAAAUUGACGACACGGCUUUCCUCGAGCUGCCCCGGCAGCUGUCGAUGGACAGUCUUCGCAUCCUCGACCUGACGUCAUGCGAGAGCGUCCGGGACGAUGCCGUUGAGCGCAUCGUGGCUGCAGCCCCGCGUCUACGGAAUUUGGUGCUGGCCAAGUGUCGGUUCAUCACCGAUCGUGCGGUCUGGGCCAUUUGCCGCCUCGGCAAGAAUCUACAUUAUGUCCACCUGGGCCACUGCUCCAACAUCACCGAUGCCGCGGUGAUCCAGCUGGUCAAAUCCUGCAACCGCAUCCGGUAUAUCGAUCUGGCCUGCUGCAUUCGUUUGACGGACACGAGCGUGCAGCAGCUGGCCACGUUGCCCAAGCUGCGGCGAAUUGGCUUGGUCAAGUGCCAGAAUAUCACGGACAAUAGCAUUCGCGCCUUGGCAGGAUCCAAGGCGGCCCACCAUUCGGGGGGAGUCAGUAGCUUGGAGCGGGUGCAUCUGAGUUACUGCGUUCGCCUGACGAUUGAGGGAAUCCAUGCUUUAUUGAAUAGUUGUCCGCGACUGACACAUCUGAGUCUGACGGGCGUCCAGGCCUUCCUGCGGGAAGAGCUGACGGUCUUCUGCCGCGAGGCACCUUCCGAGUUCACGCAUCAACAACGGGAGGUGUUCUGCGUGUUCAGCGGCGAGGGCGUCAACCGUCUGCGCGAUUUCCUGAACCGCAUCAUUCCGCCUCCUCCGCCGACGCGGGACAUGACCGAAGCCACGAUGUAUGACGAUGAUGAAGAGCUAGAGGACGAGGAAAACCAGGUGACGGGCUUGAUGCAUGCGACCGCCGCGACGGCCAUUCACGACGACGACUACAUUGACAUUGGACAUACCCAUGGUUGA